AUGGUAGUUAGAUCUUCGACAGGAAGCUCAAGCGCUCAAAAGAUAUUUGAUGCGCUUAAUAGAAGUGAGUCUUCAUACAGCAUUAUUGGAGACUAUUUGAAUGCGCUGAGACUGUAUCCGAUAAAUAUGAAUGAGCCUAUUGACUACAUGCUGCCGAGUAUUUUUUGCUCGUUGAUUACAUCUGUAAAGACGAGUGUGUUUAUGUGGAUUAUCAUGAUGGCCAUGAAGUCGUCUCCUGGAGGCUCUGGAUCGAUAGCCUUUGAGGUUGGCAUAUGGACGUUUAUGAUACUGAUGGGUUUUUGCUUUGUUGCAGGAUUUGUGUAUAAGAAGGCGUUGGGGAGGAUGAUGGACGAUGCAUCAUAUGCAGGCUAUGUUUAUGUAGUUGGGCUUUCUGUGAUUCAUCUUCCGUAUGCACUGGUUGUAUUUACGCUUGUGAAGCAGACAAGCAUACUGAGGUUUAUUUGUCUAAUCAUUUUGGCAUCGAUAUCGCAGUUUUCACUAAAGACAUCAAUGCUGAAGAAUCAUCAUUUUGGAAACAGUAGAGAUAGCUUUAUAUUUGAUAUUCUGAUGUAUGCGCUGCAGAUUGGAUUUGUAUUUACGGCUGUAAGUAUGCUGAGCUCACUUGCUGGAGAAUAA